UUGAAGCACACUUGCCACCUUUUAAAAGUGAUCUCUGCAGCAUUCCAGAGCCACUGAAGUAUUCAUCUUGACCUGGAUAGUCAGUUUCUCUGCUAGCACAAAGAAGACUUUUUAACAUGAACAAGAUCCUUUCAACCACUCUUUGCUUUGGACUCCUAACUUUGUUAUCUGUAAUGAUAUUUUUCGAAUUGGUGCAUGGACGGCCAUAUCUUACCCAAGGAAAUGAAUUGUUUCCAGAUAAAGAAGAUGCAAACCACGAAGAACUAUUGCUGGCUCUACUGAAUAAAAAUUUUGAUUUCCAAAGACCUUCUAGCAUUGAUACAGAACUGACUGGCAAAUUGGAAGAACUUAACCAGCUGGAAAAUCUAAAAGAGCAGCUCGCAGAGGCCAAAGAUUCGGAGAUAUCCUAUGCUAUAGGUGGUCUAUCUUCUUCCCAUCCCAAUAAGCGAGCCUGCUUUUGGAAAUACUGUGUCUGAAGGUUUUUCUCUGGAUACAAAAAAGAUAAGAACAUUAGAAAAAGAUACACAUCUACUCACCACUACUUAAAGAUUCUAGCUAUUUGAGCAUAAAGAAAGGAUGGUGUUUAUUCUGCAUACUAUAUGCUUAAGGUUUAAGUUGUGAAUGAUGACAAAUCAGUUGCACUUUUGCAUGGCAUGGGUUAUCAAAUGGCCUUGUAGUGCUAAAAUUUACAGUGCUGUAUCUAUUGUAUGCUUUCCGUAGAUUCAUUUUCUACAUAUAAUUUUGUCUCGUGAUGACUCUGAUUUUGAGCUAUCAAUUAAAAUAUUUUAAAAAGUGGGGCACCCAGGUGGCUCAGUCGGUUGAGCCUCCGACUUCGGCUCAGGUCAUGAUCUCACUCACGGUUCGUG